AUGUAUUUCAGCUGCCGAACAAUCUUGCUGAUCCAGCUACUGCAGCAAUUGGUUGUCGCAAUUGACGACUGUGAAAUUGUUGGUGCUGGAAAUUUGUUGAUUCAGAAACAACUCUCGGUGCAUUUUGAGACUGUUGAACCGGUUGCAGCUCCGUGGGACAAACACAUUUUUAUCGUUGGAGCGAACCACAAAGCUGGCACUUUCUUACUCCGCAAAAUUAUGAGACACUGGUUCGACCUGUUGGGUGCAACAUCCAGUUGUACCAUGGAAAGAUCGUGGCCGCGGAGCAUUACCACCCUGAACCAUAUCCAUAAUUGUGAUCUUUACCCGGCGCCCAUUCGCUAUACUUGGAACAUCUCCGGCGACAUGAUUUUGCAGAUGAGGAAGGAAACCAACGACAUGAAGGGUGAUCUGAGAGGUGUGAUCAUUGUGCGAGACCCUCUGGAGAUGGUCGCGUCGGCCUAUGUCUAUCACCACCGGGGAGAAGAGCCAUGGAACGAACCGAUGGAACAGGGUAUUCCUCUGAUGGCUCCAGAGGAGGGUGUGCCAGAAAUGGCUGAAAGGAUGGAGUACGUGAUCACAGCCAUGGCGAGUGCAUAUGAAGUUCGCGCACCUGAUAUUUUGGCUGUCCGCUAUGAAGAUAUCACGAAUUCAUCAGAGCAUUUCGAUGCCGCCAUUGAGAAGAUCAUGGAUUUUCUCUUCGAUGACAUCACCGAUCUUCAGAAGGCGGAGAUGAUGAAAGCUGCUCGCGUUGAAGAUUUGCACCGCGCAGGCGAUGAUGACGAGCACACCAACGACGAAGAUGAGAUGAAUGAGGCCAGAGCUUCUUUGCAUUUGAUGUCGGCAGAUCUCUAUGCAACAUAUGUGAAAGCACGAGAAGUGUAUUACGCUUUUCUGUUUGGUGUGGUCUUGGGUCACCGUGCUGUGUCAGACCCCAUCAUUUUUUUGCAAACCGACCUUGCUGUGCGACGAGCGAAAGGUGAAAAGUUAGUUUCAACCGUGAGCCGUGCUUUGGACCCUUCCGAUAUUGAGACAGCCAUGGACAUGAAUGGCAGAUUGUGCCACUUAUGCGGUAUGCCAUUGCCAGAGCGUUCCGAUCGCAGCUAUGUGCAGCGUAGCGACUGUGGAAACCAGACUUGCGCCCUAUGGACCUGCGGUGCAGGCUUUGCUCCCAACGAGGCCUAUGCCAAGAAUGUGGCCUCGAAUGACCAACUUUGCUGCGACAAGGUCUGCGGCAAAAACUACGAAUGCGCUGACGGAUGGUCUCCUUUGAAAAGCAAAGAAAACACACCUGGCGUCAGCAGCGAAGAUUGCUGUGGAAAAACCUGCAGCCUCUUCGAAUGCCCAGAUGAAUUCGCACUGAACCCGGCGAAGAAGGACGUCAUCGCCCAGGAUCGCGACAGUUGCUGCCUCCCUCUCUGCAAGCACCACAAGUGCAAGAAAGGUUGGAAGCCAGAUCCCGCGCAACAAGACAAACCUGGCAACACCGAAGCUCAUUGCUGUACCCAGGAGUGCGCCCUCUUUGACCACCUGUGCCCAACGAAGACGGGCGUGAAGCCGGAACGUCGCUGUGAACAGGGCCGCAACAUCGAGCAGUGCUGCGACUACCAAUGCAGUGCCUUCAAAUGCAAGGAUGGCUGGGUCACCAAUGUCAGCGCCCAGGAGGACUUUGGCACCACCAGCGAGGUGUGCUGUUCACCCACCUGUGCACGAUUUGACUGCGAUGCGGCAGAUGGUUGGCUUCCCAUGCCCAAAGACAAGGCACUUGCCAAGGCGGGUGAAGACUCAGAAAGCUGCUGCCUGCCAGCCUGUGCUCGCUAUAGCUGCGGCAAGGGCUAUGUUCCAAAUCCCCAGGCCAAAGCUUUGAGCAAAACAGGAGAUGAGGCCUGUUGCAGCAAGACCUGCGAGAGCCACACCUGCGGCAAGGGAUUUGUGCCGAAAGGGAACAGCAGCGAGCUGGUGGGUCAGACAGACGAGGCAUGCUGCGAGCCGGAAAAGUGCAUUGCGAUUCGCUCCAAGAUGACAAGGACAGAAGACGGCUGCCAUUCCGUGAGCGAGAAAGAUUGCAACUCGCGCUACUACAAAUUCAGUGACAAGGACAAGACCACCGUGGUGCAAUGCAGUUUCGACGAGAAGCUCCAGCUCUGUCGGAACCAGGGCAUCCACACCGUGGGAUGUCUAUUCGAGUGAGUGCGUGACCUUUUGUGCUUUGCGAGCACAAAAGGUCCUCAGGUCAGAACGAGGAGAUUGAGAAACAAAC